ACCACAUCCAAGCUGGACACGCCUUUCAGAGGAGUUCCUUGUGGAAGCAUCAGGAGCCAUAAGUGCCUCUGGGACCACAAGGAUGAAUCUUGUAUGAAGAAAGGCCUGAAAAGAGCGGCUCACAACACAGUCACCUGUGCCCUCCAAUACUGUGUCUCAUAGUACAUAGUAUUAGUUUCAGAGCAGCGUAUCUUUGCCGCAGCGUGGACUCCAUGUUUGUUUACACUCCUUGGUCUGUGCCGACCGAAAGUUUCAGAUGAAACACCGUUUGUGUGUGUGACAGGCCGCAGCCAAGAUAUCCACGAUUUUCAGGCAAACGAUGGAAAAAGUUGACGGAAAAAGUGCGUGUGACACACCGCCUGGAGGCGUGAAAACAACUUUAUAGGAAUCACUUUCUUGCGAUAAGGAGGAGGAGAGGGAGGAAGAACAGGAAGAAAAAGAUACGUAUAUUAGAAAAUACUUUAAUGAAAAAAAAAUAUAAAGAUUAGAGAGGAAGUGGAGCAGGAGGAUCCAAGAGAAAGAGAAAUUAAUGAUGCUGAAGAGCGGCAAGUCCUGGGGCUACUACAUGGGGCACUCCUACCCCCCCCCCCCCGGCGCCCCCCAGCCCAAUUCAGUAAUCGCCCCCAUCCCCCGAGGACCCCGCUCCCCCUAUCCGCGAGCCGCACGGAGACACGGACGCAAGGGCACCCCUCACUGUCACUCCCUGCCAGGACGCACGAACACACACAUACGCGCAUACUCCACCAUCUGGAUGAGGGAGCACAACUGUGUGUGUGACGAGCUGCUCAAGACUCACCCAAAUCUUGGGAUGACAACUGCCUCUACCAGACUGUCCGCCUUACUGUCAUCAUUGUCAUCAGUGAGGAGAGAGAGGGAGAGAGAGAGAGAGAGAGAGCUGACAUCAAGGAACCACACACACGCUCUCUACCCAGUGCUGGAGGAGGUGAAUGAAAACGGCCGCCAGCUGAGGUUCCAGGGGCUCUACACGUACCGCAGGAGGUUUAGCAUGCAGCCCUUCACCUCCUUCCUUGACCUGGCUGGUGACCCCAAACUGGCGGCUGACCUGGAGCACUUCUGCAGGGACAUAGAGGCUGUGGAGUACUAUGUCAGUCUUGUCACGGCACGCCCCGGCCCCUCGGUCACCCUGCCGUCCACGGUCAGUUUGGGAGGCCCCUGGAGUGUGAAGGGGCUUGUGGCUGCCCAUUUACAGCCCUAAUUACUGGAAGUCCUCCACUU